UGCAAGCUUCUAUUUAAAAAAAAAAAGUGUGAGAUGCCCUAAGAAUUUAUUCUCAUCAUCCGUGAAGUUCCCUAGACCAGAGCACACUGCUUUCCAUACAUGAGGAUUUAAAGAUGGGGGGUGGGAUAAUAAGCGGUUACUAAUUGGAAGUCGACCUGGAGAGCACCCGGGUUCCCGCGUCCUUAGCCUGCUAAGCCGACACAACCAGCGAAGUCAAAACCCCUUGACCCAACUUUAAAUUCCUAAAGCAGAAAGGAUGCAGGCAGAAAAAUCUCACAGCUCACAGCAACCAGAAAAACGCAUCUGUGGAGGCACUAGGUUUAAAGGGGUGGUGCCGCUUUAAGAAAAAAGUCGAGGGGAGGAGAAUCCACUCAAACGGCCUUCAGGAAACGGGAUGAUGUUUAUUGAGUAAACAUGCGGUAGCCACAGACACACCUGCUACUCCCAGAGCAGGGGCCACCACCACCCACUGCUGGUCACAUCCGGGCACUACUCUACAAUCUCGCGGCGUCCCGGCGUCCCGGCGUCCGAGUCGUUGGGUUUAUUUGAAACACACGCACGACCAAUCAGUCGGCGCCUCCGGGGAGGCGGGCGGAGAGCAGCGGCCAAUCACCGCCCUCUCUGGAGGCUCCAGCCUAUGGGAAGGAGGUUGACAUCACGCGCCAAUCGGCAUGGCUCUUAGAGAGAGCGGCUCACUUUUGAAUUGCGGUGGCUGCCACCGGCGAGGAAUGGCGGGGACCGGGAGACGAGUCGGCGCUUGAAGCGGUGGAACGUCCUGGGCGUCUUUUAAGAGCGCCAACGUAGAAAAGUACAAACAAUGGCUGACAAUGCUGGAUCAACGUCCUCUACUGAGAGGACGAGCUUGGCCGACUCUUCCAUCUUUGAUUCUAAGGUUACCGAAACUUCGAAGGAAAACUUGUUUGUUGGCUCUACUUCAUAUGUUGAAGAAGAAAUGCCUCAAAUUGAAACAAGAGUGAUAUUGGUUCAAGAGGCUGGAAAACAAGAAGAACUUAUAAAAGCCUUAAAGAGUGUUAAAAUAAUGGAAGUCCCUGUUAUAAAGAUAAGAGAAAGUUGUCCUGGAAAAUCGGAUGAAAAAUUAAUAAAAAGUAUUGUUAAUAUGGAAAUUAAAGUGCCCUUUGUAAAGAUGGCAUCAGUGGAAGAAUUUGAAAGUUUGGAUUCUCCAGAAUUUGAAAAUGUAUUCAUCGUCAUGAACUUCCAGGAUGCUGUCUUUAAUGAGUUAUACAAGAAUGACUGUAGAGUUAUUGGACCACCAGUUGUAUUAAACUGUGCACAGAAAGGCGAGCCCUUGCCAUUUUCAUGUCGCCCACUCUAUUGUACAAGCAUGAUGAAUCUCACACUUUGCUUUACUGGAUUCAGGAAGAAAGAAGAACUAGUCAGAUUAGUGACAUUGGUCCAUCACAUGGGUGGAGUUAUUCGAAAAGAUUGCAAUUCAAAAGUUACACAUUUGGUGGCAAAUUGUACGCAAGGUGAAAAAUUCAGGAUUGCUGUGAGCUUGGGUACUCCAAUUAUGAAGCCAGAAUGGAUUUAUAAGGCUUGGGAAAGGCGGAAUGAACAGGAUUUUUGUGCAUCAGUUGAUGACUUUAGAAAUGAUUUUAAAGUUCCUCCAUUUCAAGAUUGCAUUUUAAGUUUCCUGGGAUUUUCAGAUGAAGAGAAAACCAAUAUGGAAGAAAUGACUGAAAUGCAAGGAGGUAACUAUUUACCAGUUGGAGAUGAAAGAUGCACUCACCUUGUAGUUGAAGAGAAUAUAGUAAAAGAACUUCCAUUUGAACCUUCGAAGAAGCUUUAUGUUGUGAAGCAAGAGUGGUUCUGGGGAAGCAUUCAAAUGGAUGCCCGAGCUGGAGAAACUAUGUAUUUAUAUGAAAAGGCUAAUACACCUGAGCUCAAGAAAUCAGUGUCACUGCUUUCUCUAAAUACACCAAACAGCAAUCGCAAAAGACGUCGUUUAAAAGAGACACUUGCUCAGCUUUCGAGAGAGACAGACAUGUCACCUUUCCCUCCCCGUAAGCGUCCGUCUGCUGAACAUUCCCUUUCUAUAGGAUCACUCCUAGAUAUCUCCAAUACACCAGAGUCUAGCAUUAACUAUGGAGAAACCCCAAAGUCCUGUACUAAGUCUUCUAAAAAUUCCACUCCAGUUCCCUCAAAGCAGUCAGCCAGGUGGCAAGUUGCAAAAGAGCUCUAUCAGACUGAAAGUAAUUAUGUAAAUAUAUUGGCCACAAUCAUUCAGCUGUUUCAGGUACCACUGGAAGAGGAAGGACAGCGUGGCGGGCCCAUCCUUGCACCAGAAGAGAUUAAGACUAUUUUUGGUAGUAUCCCAGAUAUCUUUGAUGUGCACACAAAGAUAAAGGAUGAUCUUGAAGACCUUAUUGUUAAUUGGGAUGAGAGCAAAAGCAUCGGUGACAUCUUUCUUAAAUAUUCAAAAGAUUUGGUAAAAACCUAUCCUCCCUUUGUAAACUUCUUUGAAAUGAGCAAGGAAACAAUUAUUAAAUGUGAAAAACAGAAACCAAGAUUUCAUGCUUUUCUGAAGAUAAACCAAGCUAAACCAGAAUGUGGACGGCAGAGCCUUGUCGAACUUCUCAUCAGACCAGUACAGAGGUUACCCAGUGUUGCAUUACUUUUAAAUGAUCUCAAGAAGCAUACAGCUGAAGAAAAUCCUGACAAAAGCACUCUAGAAAAAGCUAUUGGAUCACUAAAGGAAGUAAUGACGCAUAUUAAUGAAGAUAAGAGAAAAACUGAAGCUCAAAAGCAAAUCUUUGAUGUUGUUUAUGAAGUAGAUGGAUGCCCAGCUAAUCUUUUAUCGUCUCACCGAAGCUUAGUCCAACGAGUUGAAACCAUUUCUCUAGGUGAGCACCCCUGUGACAGAGGAGAACAAGUAACUCUCUUCCUCUUCAAUGACUGCCUGGAGAUAGCAAGAAAACGGCACAAGGUUAUUGGCACUUUUAGGAGUCCUCAUGGCCAUACCCGUCCCCCAGCUUCUCUGAAGCACAUUCAUCUAAUGCCUCUUUCUCAAAUUAAGAAGGUGCUGGACAUAAGAGAAACAGAAGAUUGCCAUAAUGCUUUUGCCUUGCUUGUAAGGCCACCAACAGAGCAGGCAAAUGUGCUACUCAGUUUCCAGAUGACAUCAGAGGAACUUCCAAAGGAAAACUGGCUAAAGAUGCUAUGUCGACAUGUAGCCAACACCAUUUGUAAAGCAGAUGCUGAGAAUCUUAUGUACACUGCUGAUCCAGAAUCCUUUGAAGUAAAUACAAAAGAUAUGGACAGUACAUUGAGUAGAGCCUCUAGAGCGAUAAAAAAGACUUCAAAAAAGGUUACAAGAGCAUUCUCUUUCUCCAAAACUCCAAAAAGAGCUCUACGAAGGGCUCUCAUGGCAUCUCAAAGCUCAGUGGAGGGAAGAAGUCCUUCCAGCAAUGAGAAGCAUGUAAUGAGUCGUCUGUCUAGCACAUCAUCAUUAGCUAUUACCCAUUCUGUUUCCACAAGCAAUGUAACUGGAUUUACUAAGCUUGUUUAUGUUCAGCGCUCAAACUCUACUGGUGGGCGCGCUCAGAACUCCUGGGUUCCAUCUGUCCGUCAUUCUGCCUCACGAGCUAGUUUUUCAGAGAUGCUAGAAGGAAAUACUGACUUUUUCAAAUUUCAAAAAAAGUUCUAUCCAAGUCAUCUUUGACAUUUGUGAAGAAUUAGGAGAUAUGCCAACAGUAAUGGAAACAAGCCUCGAAGUUUAAUGGUAUCCCAUCUCCCUCCCUUGUCAGCCUUCCUUCCUUUUUUGAAAGGAGAAGUCAUACUUUAAGUAGAUCUACAACUCAUUUGAUAUGAAGCUUAAAAAAAUCUUAAUUUAUAGAAGCUUAUAAACACCUUAUACCAAAUAAGAAACUGACUUAAAUGGUACUUAUCAUUAGCACUUGGUGAAAGCUGGAAAGAAGGUAGAUAACACUAACCUAUGCGAUUUGAUUGUCUUUUUGAAAGAAGUUAACCUGUUACAGUUUUGCAGUUAAUCCAUGUAAAAAAUUGUACUGAUUUUGAUGUAAUUUUUCUGUCUUCUUGAAUCCUUCAUUGGACCAAUAAUUUAAGUUAUUCAUGAUGUCAGUAACUUUGCAACCUGAUAGAGUAAAUAAAUUUUAUUGGUGGAUGCCAAAUACCUCUGUGAAUCUCUUUGUAUAAUGUCCAUGAAUGAAUUUUUGGGAAUACAUAUUUGUGUAUCUCAGUUUGUGCAGAAAUUAAGUGAUAGCAUAGUAUGUACUGAUUAAAUAGUGGAGUCUUAUUUCACAUGUGCUGUUUGAAGUAGUUACUUAGCUGCUCCAUUUGCAGUUUAUUUUAUUCUCAAGUGUUUUCACGAUCUAGCGUACAGAUUUAAAAAGAUUAGCCCUUAAGAAGAAUAACAUUUAAAGGAUAUUGUUCCAACAUACUUUUGAAAAUUGAAAUAAGGACAGAAAGAUUAAAAAAUAAUGUAUAUUUUUGCACAAACAUGAUAUUGGUGUAUACUUGUAGCUGUUUCAAAGACAAUAUAUUUAUGGUGAUUUUAACCAGUAGCAAAUCUUAAUUUAGUUCAAUAGUGUAUGGAAUUUUAUUUUGAAGGAUAAGACCAUGCGGGAAAUUGUGGUAAAGAUUGUUUAUAUUCUUUAUGAAAUAACUCUAAAGUUGGCAUCAGUUUUACUAACCUGCUGUAAAAUACAUAGAUACGUGUAUGGACAACUUUCUGUUGUGGUUUCAUAAUUAAAUGUAAAAUUGGAAUGCAUUUUUUUGCUGUUGUAAAAUAUUUUUCAAGCACUGAUGUUAUUUUUCACAAUUUUUUUUAAAUAGUCGGUAAUGCGAAAGAAUCAAGUUCCUAUGAAUAAAUGCAUUUUUAUUUCCUACCUGUUUAGGGAGUACUGCCAACUUUUAAUGGUCAUUUAACAAUUUCCAAUUAUUUGCCUUAAUAGUUUAACUGACUAGAUUGUUUUCUAUGCCACAUGUGCCACUUUAAAUAGUAAAUGACCCUUUAUUGCUAUAUUUUAAAAGCAGUUGUGUUAGCAAGAACUUUGUAAAUAAAUAGUUAAAACCCAAGUAUAUUUUAUGUUUCAUGUUUUAAAUAGUUCCUUUAGACAAAUUUUCAUAGGCCUGUGUGAAUGCCUGCAUCCAUUUCUGUGCUGUUGUGUAUUUGCUUACAUAUUUAUGUGCUUAUACCUUCCUGCAUUAAUAUUUUUGAGCAUUACGUGUAUAGUGGGCUAUGUGUAGGAUAGGAGCUUUUAAUCCGGAGUCCACUUUGCAGAAUGGAGGUAGUGAAUCCUAUGAUGGUUACAUAAAAUGUUGUGCUUUUGUGCAUGUAUGCAUUUUUAUGGCAGAAAAUAUGGAACUUUUAUUUUAUUGGGGCUGGAGCUGUGAUUCCCUCCAAAAGUGUAGGAUUUCAAGGGAGAGGAAAUGACGUGAGAUAAGGCAUGAAGUUGGAAAUGUAUUAGCUGUGUACUGGCAAAACAUAGGAAAUGCUUCCAGUUUUUAUAAUUAACUACACCUGCUCUAGUAUCUAGUAUUUUUUGAUAUAUCCCCAUUACCAGUUGAAGACAGCUUGCAUGUAUUUAUCUGUUAAUAUACUUUCAUGCAUAUGAAUACUAAAUAUAAUCAACCUUUUCUUCUCUGUUGAGAAAA